AUGGCUGCGCAAAGGGGGCAAUCCUUGAAGUUUUCGGGCGCCGCCGGGGGAAAGAUAGAGCCCGGCCUCAGCUCCUUCGCGGCAUCUCCGAAAGACGCGGCGGAAUACAUGCUGCCGCUGCUCGCCAAGGCCUCCGAGCUCGUGCCGCGGGAAAGGCACCCAGCGACGAAGGUCUUGAUCAAGUCAACAGCUGGCAUGCGGCUGCUGCCCUUGGAGGUUCAAGAGGCCAUCUACGACGAAGUUCACGCCGCCCUAGUGGGAAACCCGUUGUUCCCUUUCGCCGUAGACCGCGGCGACGUCGGCACUCUCGACGGCGACAUGGAGGCGUUUUACGCCGUUCUCUCCGCUAAUUUCCUGGCGGGACGCAUCGACGCGCUCAUGCACCCUACGGGCCACGCUUCAGGGGAGAUCGGCGCAUUGGACAUGGGCGGUGCGAGCACCCAGAUAAUCUUCCGACACAAGGCUGCUGGACGCCCGGAGCACGCCGACGAAGACGAGGCGGCAGAGAAUGACGCUCGCAACGACCGUCCCUGCUACCACCAACAACCCUCCGCUGCCGUCGCCAACUACGACGGCAACACCAACACCACCACCACCACCACCACCACGUGUAGCCCACGAGGUAGUAGUAGUGUAGUGCCAACACGGGAUAGGAACGGUACUUGUACCGUUCCAGAAGGGGAAGGGGGUUGCGCGGAUGGGGAAGGGGGGAGGGGACCGGUGGACACCGUCCCCGUCUCCCGGGCCGACUUCUGGGGGGCUAGCCACCUGGGGUAUGGCGUUGCUGAGGUCCGGCUUAGAAUGUGGGACUUGUUGGUGGAGACACCACCUGUGCCAGAGGGUGAUGAACAUGGGGACGUCGUCAACCCUUGUUCGUUCGUGGGCCGCGUUGAUGAGUGGAAGGGUCGUCCUCUUAUUGGGAGUGGGGACCACGUGGUUUGCGAAAAAAUCGUGGCGGAAGUGCUGUGGGGUCGGGGUGGCGAUGAGGAGGAGGAAAAAAGAGGUCUUUGUGGGAUGGCGGCUGACCAGCCCCCGUGCGGGAUCGGCGGGGUGAGCAUGCCGGCCCUGAACGGAGACUUCCUGGCCAUGUCGGUCUUCUUCUACGCGAUGCACUGCCUGCACGCGCUAGGACCGGCGGAGCUGGCGGCCUGGCCGAGGCCCACCCUGUUCGAGCUGCGAGACGCAGCACGGGGAUUCUGCGGAAUGGAAUGGAGGGCCCUGCAAAGCCGGAAGGACGCUGUCAGCGCUCAAGACGUGCUUUUCAGCACCUCCGAAGAGGGCCUGCCCCACCGGUGCGUGGAGGUUGUGUACAUGACCACGCUCCUCCGGGAUGGAUACGGUUUUCCGGAACACUCGCGGAACGUUGCCUACGCGCUGGAGGCGGGCGGGAUGGAGCGGGAGAUAAAAGAGGAGGCUGCUGCUGCUGCUGCUGCUGCUUUUGCUGCGCCAGAGAGAAAGGGGCGACCGCACAACGUUCCAAGCGCCGAGGCUGUUGUUGCUUUUGUUGUCUCGUUUGCAGGGCGAUUCUCCGGCGGCAGUUUCUUCGUCUACUGAGAGGAAUUCGUAGCACUAGGUCCUGAAGGGCACAAUGCUUGAUUGGUAGGGGAAGAUGGACAAUCUACACCUUCGUCGGGACGUCUGGGGGUGAUGCGACCUCCGCGUACGUCUGUCUCCGCGUGCAAAACCCGCCCUGGAAGGGAAAAAUGUUUUUCUCUCCUACAUAGAACUCUCCCGCUCAAAGCGACCCCUGUUCCGAAAGGCGUGUUUGUGCGCGUGUAGAAGAGACGGUGCAUAAGCGUGUGGGUAGAGCUAACGCUAGGGCCAGGGGACGUUCGUUCGGAUUCCUGGGACAGACAUCACAGGCUAAGACAUGUGACCAAAUUGUGUUGGAAGGAAGAAUUCGUUCGGCGUUGUUAGGUUUCAGCUGGUCCCUGCGCGCAAUAAAAAGCGGCAAGAGAGGGAACACCGACCCCAUGCGACGCGGUAGUCGUAGACUAGAUUGUGUGUGUUUUGUGCCAAGACGAAAGCUUAUCGUUCUUUGUGUUCGCUACUACGAUAGAAGGACUAGGUUUGACGGCGGGUCUCGUCCUUCUUUUGGUACACGUUGUUGGCUUGUUCUCGGCAAAUGGCUGGGGCGAUAUAGAGACAUGGUGUUUUUGUUGAGGUCGGAGACAGUCGCAACCGUUGAUAAUUCCGGCAUUGCCGUCUUGUCGUUUCAGGUCAAACAGUCCACUUGCUCCGUAGAGUAGAACAUACUUUUAAUAUGCGCUUUUUGUUGCUUCUUUGUUGUGAGGUGGCGUGUUUUUUUACGGGAGGGGGGAGGGAAUACCGGUUGAUCGAUCGCAAUUUUGAUGGAAGCCCCGUGGUCUCCUUUCCUUUUUGAGUGAAGGAAUGAUGUGUGUGCAUUGUUCCAUCAUUACAUCACUCACGGAGUAAAAAAAGACUUAAGACUUCCAUUUAUUUCUCGCAAUUUUUUAGAUACAUGUACAGUAGUAGAGCGUGAGGGUAGUAUCGGCGGUUAAAGCAAACGUUGAUGACUCCAUUUAUUUCUCGCAAUUUUUUAGAUACAUGUACAGUAGUAGAGCGUGAGGGUGGUAUCGGCGGUUCAAGCAAACGUUGAUGAUAUUGUCGUGGUUGCUCUGUAUGAAACAAUUUACGGGUGUCGUCGUUGUUGUGGUUGUGCCAUGAUGGCCGAUGUUUGGGAGGGAGAAAGAUGGAACAGAGGUUUGUAUCUCGCUUCUGAAGCAGGUGUUUCUGGUAGUUCGCUCUUUUUUUCUCUGCCAAUAGCAGCUGUUUUGUUUUUUUUCUGUCCAUCCGCCCUAUUCCUUGGAAUUUGCGCGCAAAGAUGGAUGGAACUUUUCUCACACCACUGUCUCUCUGUCGGUAAAAAUGUCGAAAUGGUGCUACCGUUUCAUUUAGGUCUGGUUGUGCACGUAUUAAUAGCAUUGGUAGAGAGUUGUCGUUGCUGUUGCUGUUGCUGGGUGCCAGGGCUGCGUUGUCUGUGGACGGUGAUAUUAUUAAAGGGUACCAUAAACAAGCCCAUACGCCUAGCGAGAAAUGCGGACCUUUUUCCACUGUGGAACGAUUGUUUUACUUGUCUUCUUUCCAAGGGGAGGAGCAGUAUGGUUGUGAGUGUUUACGGUUGUAGCACCAACGAAUCAAUCCGUGCUGGUGUUUGACGAUGGCACUAGUUCUGGUAUCAAUCCGUGCUGGUGUUUGACGAUGGCACUAGUUCUGGUAUCAAUCCGUGCUGGUGUUUGACGAUGGCACUAGUUCUGGUAUCAAUCCGUGCUGGUGUUUGACGAUGGCACUAGUUACAAAAUCAGUCGCGUUGUCUCC